AUGACCGAAACUGAAGAAGAAAAAACAUCAUUACAACAAAAAUUAGAUGAAUUUGGUGAACAAUUAUCAAUAGUUAUUUCUAUUAUUUGUGUUGCUGUAUGGGCUAUUAAUAUUGGUCAUUUUAAUGAUCCUGUACAUGGUGCUGUAGCUGCCAUUCUUGAAGAUUUACCAGCUGUUAUAACAACUUGUCUUGCAUUAGGAACAUGUCGAAUGACAAAAAAGAAUGCAAUUGUACGUUCAUUAUCUUCAGUUGAAACACUUGGUUGUACAUCAGUUAUUUGUUCGGAUAAAAUAGAAACAUUAACAACUAAUCAAAUGUCUGUUUGUCGAAUGUUUAUAUUCAGUAAAGCUGAUGAUAAUAAUAUACAAAUCGAUCAAUUUGAAGUAACUGGAUCAAUUUAUGAACCAAAAGGUGAUAUUAUAUAUAAUGGAACAAAAUUUAAUUGUUCUCAUAGUAGUGGAUUAGUUGAAUUAACUGAAUGUGCUGCUUUAUGUAAUGAUUCAGCAUUAGAUUAUAAUGAAUCAAAAAAAGUUUUUGAAAAAGUUGAUGAAGCAAUAGAAACAGCAUUAACUGUUCUUGUUGAAAAGAUGAAUGUUUUCAAUACAGAUAAAUCACGUUUAUCACCGCAAAAAAUGGCUAUGUCAUCAAAUAUAAUUAUUCAUUAA